UUGCUCACUGAAACUGUUUGCGUUUUAGCUGCAGCACGUCGCAGGAGGAGACGGUCCGGAAGACCAACACCCACCGCAAAGAUAUUAGCCGGGGUAAGAUCGACAGCAGGAGCAGCGGCAGCGGCAGGCUGCAGAUGCGCAGCCCGAUCAGUUCCGGCAAGGGAACGGAUUCUUGAAGAAAUUGCGCGGCAAACUACGCCGCCACCGUCCGAGCGCCUCGCGCAGCCACCACCACCGCCAAACCAGGAAGAAGGCGCCGCGCAAGUGAAGAAACAGUUCGCUUGA